CCACGAAAUUCUCAACCUCCUCUACUCUAACAAACCGACUCGCUGCUCCCUCCUCAGCAAAAAAAUCCCAGAAAAUUCUCAAAAAUUCCCCAGAUAUUCUCACCAAAUUAACGAUCUCCGAUCCUCAACUCAAAUUUCUCUCAUUCCAUUCCAGUAUAAAUGGGAAAUCUGGAGAAGCCUAUAAUUGCAAGCUAAUUCUCACUCCACCCUAAAUUCAUCUUUAAUUGUAAGUUUCUUUGGAUUUUCACGACUUGAUUUCGUAAUUGCAAGAAUUCAUUCGAACCCAAUCUUAGAGCCGUAACAGAGCCAUCGCAGAGCCAUUGCAGAGCCAUCGCAGAUUUCACCGGACCUGAAAAAUGAGUUACAGGAGUAAAAGAACCUUCAUAGCUACUGCUAGUGAAGACUCGAGCGUUGCUUCACCAAAGUCAGCCAAAUCUUCUGAUAAAUCCACCCAAAAAUGGGGACCAUUCUUCCCUCCAACACUUGGAGUGUCACAAACAUUUGGAUAUAUAUCAGAACCCAUCAAGCAAUCCACAACUGUAAAAAAAGCCUACGUCUUCUACAUCAUCUCCGUCCAUGGUUGCUCCAAAAUCAUCCAUACCUAAAUCUACUUCCAUACCUUCAAAGCCCCAACUUCAAACAUCAUUUUAGCCUAUCACAACCAUCCUCUAAACCAUUGCAACACUCAAUUUCAUCCACUCUUACAGGAGCACCACAAGCACAAAGAAAAACGGAUGAAAGUAGAUGGUCGUGUGGCCCUUUAUUUCCAAAUCUCAUUCAAAUAGCAGCAGAAAAAGAAGCAGAAAAAGAAGCACAUCAUGCAAAGCCUCAUAACGCUACCCAACAGCCUCAUAAAGCUACCCAUCAACCUCAGAAAGUUUCACCAAAUUCUGUCAAAGCUACAAGGUUGCCUCACAAAGCUGUACAACAGCCAAUUGUGUCUUCUUUCACAGGUGCCCAACCAUAUUCAGAGAAAAAAUCAUUUGUUCCACCCACGGGAUUAAAAAAACAUGUGUUGUCACGACCUCCUCCUACACCAUCACCAUCAGACUCCAUGAUACGGAAUAAAAAUGGAUAUGGUGAUUGGGUUUCCGUUCAGAGGCCUCCAACAUACAUGGUUGUUAGUGCAAAUACAUCUCCCAUGGAGCGAUCUACUCCAUCCUUUCAUGUUGAGAGAUCUACUCCAUCCAUUCAGGUUGAGACAGAAAUUAUGCCAAAUAACAGUUCUGAUGAACCAGAUGAAUCAGUUUCUGAAAGUGAAGAAGAAUUGAACGAAGGAGAUGGGGGAGAGACUAGUGUGAAAGCAUCAAAACCUCGACGUCGGAUUAUAGUUGCAAAUUGGCCUAAACGCGUGAAGUUUGAUGAGAAGGAAGAGGUUCUAGUUAUAGAUGCUAAUGGAAAAUGCCAUCUCGUGAAGGGUUCAGUCCAGCCUCGAGACUUUUGGACUGAUGAAAAAGGAUUCAGAUACUAUGUCAAGCUCAAUGAAUUCUGUCAACCUCUGCAAAAAGGUGGUUCCAUCCUUGUUACUUUCCUCGGUGAUAUUGCAAAAAAAGAUUCAUUGUGUCUAGUGGGAAUCAAAACCUGGCGUGCUGUGAACAAGAAGUUAAAAUCUAAUAUCGUUACAAUGGUUCGGGAACAUUUUGUGAUACCUGAUGGGCUGGUAGUUGACAAGGCAGUUGUGAGGCGUACUGGUAAAUCAUGGAAGAAUAAUAGGUAUAUAUUGAAGAAGCGGUACUUUGAUCCAGUGAAUAAAACUCUAGAUCAAAAUUAUGAUAGUAUUCCUGAUGGAAUAUCUAGUAGCAGUUGGAAUGAUUUGGUCGAUUAUUGGUUUUCACUAAAGGGCACGAAAUUAUCUCAACUUGGAAAAGAUGCUCGAUCAGUACGAGGUCAUAUUCACAACAGUGGUCCUACAAGCUUUGCUAAUCGAAGAGAAGAUCUUAAAGAGAAGAAGGGAGAGUAUAGCGAAUUGACGUUUUACAAAUCAGUUUAUGCCAAAGAAGAUGGAAGCUUUAAAGAGGGCACAAUAUCUCGUCAAUUUAUGGAGGAUGCAAACAAUAAAGUCUAAGAAAACCUUGCGAGUUCCUCUACUUCCAAGUCUAAGGUCGAAAUUGAGAAUGAGGUCUUUAAUGAGCUUAUGUACGGAGGUGAAGUGCCUAAACGUCCUCUAAAUUAUGGCUUUGGAGUGAAGCAAAGUGACAUCUUUGGAGUGGAAGGUUUGUUGAGGAAAGAAGGGUCUGGCUAUCUUAACAAAAGUGAUAUUGAAAUGGAGAACUUAAAAGUUGAAUUAUCAGUUGUAAAGAAGCAAAAUGAAGACCUUGCACAACACAAUCAAGUGCUGGACAGCAAGUUUGAUGAAACAACAAAGACAUUUAAGAUGAUUGCUUCGUACUUUGGACAAGUUUUGAAGGAAGUACGUAAAGGAAAUGUGUCAUCGGACCUUUUAGAUGGUGCAGAAUCAGCAAUACUGAUGAUUAAUUAUGAUUCAGGUGGCAAAGGUAACAAUUAGAUCAAGAUAUUGAAGCUUCGAUCUCAAUCACAGGGAUUUAGGAACGAACAUUUUUUUUAUGUUAAAAUAAGUUAUUUUUAUUUCUAGUGUGAUUUGAUAGGACAAAAAUUUGAUGUAUGGAUAUAUAAUAUAGGAUCCUAAGUUAUUUUGGUAUGUUCUAGCUUAACUAGUUUGAUUAUUGGACAGUGCAAAUAUGCAUGUGGAUGUUUUUUUUUAUUAAAUUUAAGUAUGUGAUUACAAGUUUGAUUAUUGGACAA